UGGGCGGGCGGGCGGCUGUGGGAGAGCGGGCGGCGGGCCGGCGGGCGGACCGGGCCGGGGCUGGAGAAGUUUGCGCUGCGGUUCCUGAGCGCAGGGUGCGGGCCCCGCCGGCCGCUGCGCGCCCGCUGCCAUGGCUUUCCGCAGGAGGACGAAAAGUUACCCGCUCUUCAGCCAGGAGUUCGUCAUCCACAACCAUGCGGACAUCGGCUUCUGCCUGGUGCUCUGCGUCCUCAUCGGGCUUAUGUUCGAGGUCACAGCCAAGACUGCCUUUCUAUUUAUUUUACCUCAGUAUAACAUUAGCAUGCCUACAGCAGACAGUGAGACCGUGCACUACCACUAUGGCCCUAAGGACCUGGUCACAAUCUUGUUCUACAUCUUCAUCACCAUCAUCUUGCACGCUGUGGUUCAGGAGUACAUUUUAGAUAAAAUCAGCAAACGGCUUCAUCUCUCCAAGGUCAAACACAGCAAGUUCAAUGAAUCUGGACAGCUGGUCGUCUUUCAUCUCACCUCAGUGAUUUGGUGCUUCUACGUGGUGGUGACGGAAGGCUACUUAACAAACCCAAGAAGCCUUUGGGAGGACUACCCGCAUGUGCACCUCCCCUUCCAGGUGAAGUUUUUCUACCUAUGCCAGCUGGCCUACUGGCUGCACGCACUUCCUGAGCUAUACUUCCAGAAGGUACGGAAGGAGGAAAUUCCCCGCCAGCUCCAGUAUAUUUGCCUGUACCUGGUGCACAUAGCUGGAGCAUACCUCUUAAACCUGAGCCGCCUGGGUCUGAUCUUGCUGCUGCUGCAGUACUCAACUGAGUUCCUCUUCCACAUGGCUCGACUCUUCUACUUUGCAGAUGAAAACAAUGAGAAACUGUUCAGUGCCUGGGCUGCUGUUUUUGGGGUUACCCGCCUCUUCAUCCUCACCCUUGCCGUGCUGGCCAUCGGCUUUGGACUGGCUCGCAUGGAAAACCAGGCAUUUGACCCCGAGAAAGGGAACUUCAACACUUUGUUUUGCAGGCUCUGCGUGCUGCUGCUGGUGUGUGCCGCCCAGGCCUGGCUCAUGUGGCGCUUCAUCCACUCCCAGCUGCGGCACUGGCGGGAAUACUGGAAUGAGCAGAGUACAAAGCGGAGAGUCCCAGCUACACCCAGACUACCAGCCAGGCUCAUCAAGAGGGAAUCUGGUUACCACGAAAAUGGAGUGGUGAAGGCAGAGAACGGAACCUCCCCACGGACUAAGAAACUCAAGUCUCCCUAAGGCCAAAGUGCUAAGAACAGGAAUCCUCUUGGUGGGGGCCCAGCAGGGCGUGAGGAGCCCAGGCCCCCUCCCUCCCUCCUCCUUCCUGCCUGUGAUGCUCCGUCUCAAACGGCCAAAACCUGUCUUUCAAUGGUGGGGGGGGGGGGGUUCUCUUUCUUUCUUCUUGGCUUUCUCUUCUUCCACAAACCAUUUUCAAUAAAGCCAAAAAACUUUCUCUUUCUCCCCUCAGGCCACCUCCUGUCCUCACUCCUGUCCUGUGCUGGCUUUUCCAGAAGCCCGGGUUCUCAUGGCUGUCAUCUUUCUGCUUGCCUUUGUCUCUCCCCUCACGGCUGCUGCUGCUUCUUUUUGCUUCCUAAUUUCCCCUUAUCUUGCCAUUUUUCUGUCUGAUUUUUACAAUGGGAGGGGAGCUAAGAUUGCAGUCCUGUCUGUCGGUCCCGCAGGGCCUGCCGGUCAGAAGCCCGGGGCGGGUAGCAGGCCCUCGGUGGUCCGCAUGUGGAUAGGCAAGAAGAAGCCAGAGCGGCCCUCUCGGAUCAUUGUCUCCUUGGUGCUGAUUAACUGACACGAGAGCUGAUUCCAGUCCUGCACGUACCAUCUUGAGGCACAGCAGCCACUGCUCGUAGUAUUUGCCAAGGCAUUUGGCUUUGGGACGUGACAACUCAACCCAGAAGGAUGGUGUGAACUCAGUUGGGUCCCGUGACUCGAGUGCUUACCAGUGGCUGACUGCGGAUUGGAAGCCAGCCUGCUGUCGCUGUGUGGGGGAGGUGCUGAAGGAGGACGAGUCUUCCCACUGCUUAGAGCCAGAGCAGAGCAAACUGCGUGGCAGGCUCUUCCAGAAAGGUAAUGGUGGCAGAACCCACAGAGGAGUCGACCUAGGCCUUUUUCCAGCAGUCCCAGCCGCCGUUGCUUUUUCAGCCAUUCACAAGCAUUCAAAACCAAACCAAACAGCAGUUCACAAACCUGCCUGAGAUAUGCUGGUCCUCACCUGCAGAGCCAGCCAGCCCUGUCAGGGGCCAAACUUACUACCUUGAUUUCAUCUCUAGCUGCAGAAACACUAAGCCUCAAGGGCUUCAGCCCCAUGCUGGUCGCUUGAUGUCCAGGGAGGCUCACUUGGACCACUGUCCAUCUGGCCGCCCUUGUUGAGUGUUCUUUGGAAUUGUCGUUUUUUGAGCACAGCUACAGCAUUUUAGACUGCAUGAAACCAACAUGAGACUGAAUGACUGAGAAUCACUCUCUGGGUAGGUAACAGGCACCUUUCUGGCCCCUUCUCUCACAGAUUCUUUCCUCUCCCCUCUACCUACAGGCAAGGCCUCCAUGGUGCCUUGUGAGGACUUUUAGAAGGGGCGUUCAGCUUUAAAAAGGUCCCAAUUAAGGCCAGGCAUGGUGGCUCAUGCCUGUAAUCCCAGCACUUUGGGAGGCUAAGGCAGGUGGAUCACUGAGGUCAGGAGUUCAAGACCAGCCUGACCAACAUGAUGAAACCCUGUGUCUACUAAAAGUACACAAAAUUAGCCGGGCAUGGUGGUGGACGUCUGUAAUCCCAGCUACUCAGGAGGCUGAGGUAGGAGAAUCAGUUGAACCUGAGAGGCGGAUGUUGCAGUGAGCGGAGAUCGCACCAUUGCACUCCAGCCUGAGUAACAAGAGUGAAACUCCAUCUAAAACAAAACAAAACAAAAAGGUCCUAAUUAAGAACCUCUGAACUCUGUCCUGAGACAAAGUGCUGUAGUUUUUGGUAGGUGCGGGAAUAGUAGUGUCAUUUGGUAUACUGAUCCUUUCUGACCUUACAGUAGAAACCAAACCUUGGAUUUUAUUCAGAAAAGGAGAAAUGGGUCUUUUCAUCAAGGCAACGCCUCUUCUCCAAGUCAUUUACAUCACAGAUAAAUUUUAAUCUCCCAGUAACUGAAGGAUUUGUUUCCUACCAUCAUUGGAGACCUUCACCUCUCUCCACGAUAAGGUUGCAGAAAUGGGAAGAACUACUUAUGGUUGCUUUUGAUUUCCCUUAGGAAGUGAGACUGCGUGUUUGAAAAUACGCAUUUCCCCCAUUUCUCCGUCUCCUUUCCUGACAAUUCUCUGGGCUGCACAGCAGAACCAUUGGUAAAAGGGCGGUUUGGUAUCAACACAGCAGACCUGAUCUGGGGUCCCUUAACCAUUUCAGUCAAACAGCCGUGACCUAGGCUGUAAUUCAGUUCAGGUCCCCACCUUGCCUGGGAACUGCAAAUGGAGUGUUCAGCCAGCAGCCUCCUAAACCCACCUUCUUCCCCCAUUAGCCUAGAACACCCAUCCUUCAUGCUCUCCAGGCUGUGUCAUUGGAAGGGCUUCACAUGCAGGAGGCCUCCUUCAGGCGAGCCCAGGUUAAACUGUUGAGUUGUGCCUUCAACAAAUAUGUAUGGUGUGCUUGGAUGUACCAGGUGCCUGCGUUGUGCCAGAUGCUGGUGAGGUAGUGGGGAGCAGAGCACCUGAAGUCUUGCCAUCAAGCAGCCUUCAUUCUCAUGCAUGUAGGUUUCCGUUGCUGUGUCCCAGACACCUGUGUGCCAGAGACGCCACAACUUCAUGUCCCCUGUCUCUUGGAAGCUCCCCGUGCUCCCAGUGCUCCCAGUGUAUCAUGCCUUGGAUGUGGUAUCACCAACCCAGUGGCCGGGGUCAACUUAGGCUCUCUUCCUCAGUGGACAAGGGUGUGUUUAGGGUUUAUUUUAUGUAAAA